AUGCGCAAACUUGUGUUCUCUAAGGCGCGAUCGAUUUACAAUAAUGGACGUCCAGACAAUAUUCUUUACUCUUCAUCCAUGAUACCUAUAAAAUUAUCUUACUCUUCUAAAUUUAAUAUUCUAUUCCAUUUUGUUUCCUGAUUGCUCGCAUUAUUGAAUGAAUCGUUUAGCAUCCUAAGCAAUGGCAAAAUUCUGCUGCACUGCAACAACCAUAACAGUCCUUGUAACACUGCUGAAGCUUUGUAGAACACAAUCUGAUUCUAAAGAUGCCACUACAACUCCAGUACCUAUAGGCCAUUUUCUCACACCAACUGACGAUGUACUGACGAAAGAUGUAGCACCAGAUUUUACUUUUGCUGUGUGGGAUGGAAACGGUAAAAUAUGCAUAUUAGCGAAAUUCGCCGCCUCUUUUAAGAUCACAUAUCCUAGCAUAGCGGGGGAACAACACAUCUCAGUGAAUAUGCCUGAAGAUGCUAAAGUGAAGGGAAGGUGUGGGACUUUUGACAGAGAACCCAUACUUGAAUUAGCAUGGCCAGGAUUCCGAUUAGUUAUGUCUUUCACGGUGGUAAAUCCAAAAGAAAAUCAAAACACUUGGGAGUUAUUGUCAAUGGAGCUCUUGUAUGAUACAGCAAGUCCACUCUUUGAUGGGGCAACAAAUGUUGGGAAAAAGACUGUUCGUACCCUGGAGGAUGGAUUAUUUGCGACUCCCUACGGCAAAUCUUACUUCUGCCCGUCUCCUGACGUCAUUCCCAUGUACGACUCCAGAAAGGAAAGAGUUGUCUUGACACGAAUGAAGGACGUCCACCUACAAAUGUACGAUGUGCAAAUGGGCAAAUUUUCCCAAUUUCAACGAUGUAGUUUAGUCAGAAUAGGAGGAUUACCGGAGCCUUUCGGUUUAGACGAGACAGUACCAAUUGCAGUUGGCAGCACAUUGGCUGUGAUGUCCGUCUUAGUGGUACUUGGCUACGCUCUCUGGCGGAAUGUGGCGACAAGGAAAACUGAUUAUGACACAGUGGAAUGAGCAGAAUACAUAGGAGAAAAACUUAGGAAAAUCAAUUCAUUUCGUAAAUAAUGUUAAAAGUGUUGUAAACAAUUAAAAAAAAAUAUUAACUAUUGUUGGCGGUUUUAGAGCGAGAAAGAGCAAAAUAAUUAAAAAUAAUUUUAAAAAAAUAGAGCAACAAAUAGCAAUAAAUAAAUUUAAACAAUCAAAUUGCAUAUGUACUAAAAAAAUAUUUAGAACUAUGCAUAGAAAGCUAAUUCCCUGUUAA